UAUGCUUAGAGGCUUCCAGAUUCUUUGUUCGGUCAGUCUUGCGCGACCCGACCCACCACCAACGAUGACGACGAAUCCAAUGAGCGCCGGCGAAUAGGCAACACGAGGAGCAGUCGGACUCCGUCCAAUUGCCGGCGAAAAGCUCCAAUCCAGCAACCGUCGGUGGUCCAGCGCAUCGAACUUCGGCGAGUUUCCACCAGCGGCCACAUCCCAUUCCGACCAGCAACGGCGGCCUAGCUCCAUUUCAGCUCCGGCCUCUCAACUCCCAGGCGCAGCCCCUUUGACGCCAAGCUAAUUUCUGGCGAUAGAAGAAUCGCAGAGCAGGGAUCGAAAAAUCAGAGAAGGUUGCGCAAAUCCAAUUUUAGGCGAUUGAAAUUACUAUUUUGCCUCUGGCAAUUACACUACCCUUGUCAUAACAAUUCCACUUUUCGGGGGCAUCGCCCUGAUGAUAGUGAUAGCGGUGAUACUAUUCAAAAGAAAACACAUCAGCAGCCAUGGAUUGAUCCUUGGGUUUUGGAUGCUGAUGUGGUUUGGAAGCGUGGUUCUAAACACGUGGGACAUUCCGCGUGUUUCCAAAACCCUAGUCUCCUUCCACGUUGUGGUCAACGUGUUAGGGCUAGUGUACUGGGUCCACUUAGGACUUUUAGAGUACAACCGGAAGAACGCGUGGCCCUCUGCCAACUUCAUGUUUGAGAUCGCAGCCUGGUUUUCCAUGUUCGCGUUGAGCUGUGUUGAAGUCUUUGUGCUGACCUUAGCUGGGGAACGCCAAUAUCGGAGGUUGUCCCAUUGGUACCCGGUGGCAAUAGCUUUCAUUUCAAUGGUGGAGAACUACUGGACAAAGGGCAGGGAGAUCAGAGAAGACCGGAUGAAAUCGCAGCUGAUCAAGAACUUGGAGGCAGCAUUUAAGGAAGUCAUCAGGCUUUGCAUGGAGGACCCUAAGAAGGUUGACAUUGUUGAGUUUGAGGAGAAGGUGGAGGAGUUCUACAUGCUGUUGGACAUGUUGGUGGCUCAGUAUCGGGAGGCGGUCGCGGUUGCUCAGCAGAGGGAGGCUCUCCAGAAGAAGAAGGCGCAACAUGGGUAUGCCGCCACUGCAACAGUAGUUCAAGUGGUGGAUGCGUAUGAAGAUGGGGUAAAUGUGACCUGCGAGGCUCGUGCCCAUGCAGAUUGCGAGAUACAAAUCGAAGCAGAUGGAGGGCACGACUCGUGACGAUGUCGAUACAGUUUGCUGUGAGAUUCAAAUGGAGUAAUUUUUUUUAAAAAAGCCAUCCUAAUUGUCAAUGAUCAUCGUCUCCUUCUCAUUAUUGGUUUUUAAUUGCAUUGGGGGAUGAUAUGAUGAUCAUUAAAAACAAAAACAAAAAAAGACUGCAGAUUUAGAACGCCGAAGCUCAGCUGCGUAAAAGAACCGGCGAGGAGCCAUAUACAGACAAAUCAGCAGUCCUAUUGAUCCGAUUCAAUAGGAGCAUUCCAAAAUUUGUACCUCAUUUGUACACCAAAGGUAUGCGCCAACAUUUUGAUGGUUCACACUGACACAAAAUGUUGGUGUAUUAAGAAAAAUUAGCAUUACACCAACACAAAAUGUUGGUGCAUCCAUGCGGUGUUCAAAAUGAGGUGCAAAGCUUUGGAAAUCCGAUUUAAUAUUAUUAUUUUACCCGUUCAUACUUUUCUGAUACUUAUGUGGCCCACAUGUGGAGCAACUACUACAUUUAAUCAAAGAGUUGCUUAGGAAGUAACCGUACUUUCGAUAUGAACUCCUUCUAAGCAACCCAACUAUAGAUGCUCUUAUGUUUGAUUGCAUAAAUUAAAACAAACAAAUAUUUAGUUAUUUA